AUGCCUCCUCUAACUGAACUCCUCCUCCAAGCUCUCAAGUCUCAUACUCAAAUAUACAACCGUAACACAACCAACCCAUCCAGCGCAAUGAAGUUUCUCCAGCUCCUCGCUACUACCGCCCUGCUCGGCCUCUCCAUGGCCAACCCAACCCCUGAUGCCAACGCUGACGUCGAGAUCCCCGCCGACCUCGACAAGCGUGCCUGCACUUCCCUUUCCUCUGCCAAAUGCCACGGCUCCAGUGGCGUAAGCGGCGGCAUCUACUGUGGCUAUUGUGCAGUGAUUCAAGGUACCGAUUGGGCAAUCAGAAAUCACAGGUACUACGCCUACCAGAUCAAUGGGGCCAUGAAGUCUUGCUGCUCCUACGGAUAUCGGGACUCUUGUGAGAAGAAUGCUGGGUCUGCUCUCCAGUGCCCAUUUUAA